AUGGCAAGCGUUGGAAGAUCCUGCAGCACCAACGACACCAGCACCUGCAACUUGUCAAGUGCACUACAGACCUUGGAGACCCGGCUCCAGGAGACGCCUGGGCCUAGAGAUGCGGGGAAGCACUGUGAAUGCGAAGUUGAUCCAACUUCAGACUUCGUCUCGCAUGUGUCACCGGCGGUCAGGAAGCACUCGGCGUCUCCAAAAGUCACGUCUUGUGAUGUCUUCGAGAGCGCAAAGCAAGGUGAACCAUGGGAUCGGGAGCAGUGGAAGGCUGUGGCAGGCCUUUGUUCGGGCCCGGCCUUGAAUUUGCCGGAGGCAGGAGCGGAUGCCAUGAGCGUCCAAUCACUGGCCUCGAUGGUGGACGCAUGGAUCAGUGAAGGGUUCAGCAACAACUACGCGAGGCUAUACAGAGAUGGCUGGUUGGAAGAGGCAUUCGUAAACUUCAUCGGGAGUUCGCCAAGCCGAACGAAAUGGGCCCUGAUUAACGAGCAGUUGAUACGUUCCGUGCAUUUGUUUUCUACGCGACCCAUCGUGGUUAUUCAUUUCGGGAUGGUUACACCGCGCGAGUGGGAUCCAAAGAAGUAUCCUCGGCUGGUUGUAAUGCAUGCAGCUCCAUUUCCGACUGCUGUGUUUCGUCGGUUCGACUUGAACAAGUUCCGUUCUCUGCUAAUCGCACGUGUAAAGACUGGUAUCCAACUGGACUCUGACCAAUUCGUUGCUCCACGGGUGGAUGAACUCUUCGGACGUGCCAGGGAAGAAGGCUCUGAGACGUAUCCAAUGCCGAUUCUUCCCGUACAUUUCUUGAAGAACGAGGAGUUGCCGAUGUAUCCAGGACCACAAGGAGGAGUGACAAUGAGUGGAGGGAAAAGUCAUGUAUUUGAUCGGUAUUGCCGCAAGGGCAAGUGCAGCGUCACAACACGCUGGGGCCACGCACAUCCAACCUGGACUUUCUGGGCGCUGCCCUUCGUGGGAACGUGGCUCCGCCGUCAUCUGCGGGACGAGACAUUGCCGGCUGUCGCGGGCCCACAAACGGAGCUCAGGGUGACCAGCAUCGAUGUCGAUGAGGACUUGCUCAACAUCGGCACCUGGGAAGAGAGGGGGCAGAAGCAGUGGUGCAAAUAUGAUGUUAUGGAUCCGUCGGAUUUCAAGAUCCUUCUACACGAGAGGGUACCACCCCGAUCCUGCAAUCAACCGCCACCGAUCGGUGCGGAUGCGGUUUUCCAUCCGGCAGGUGCCGCGCUAGUCUUCUACACUGCUCAUCAUGCAGUGGAUCCCAACAUAUCUGCAUCGUUGAUCGACCAACUCGACAAUCGCUUUCGAUCUGGGAAGCUUCCUCCACCUGUAUUCUUCAAAGGCUGCUUUUACCAGGAUGGCGCCGCACUCCAGCAAGCCCACCCCGAUGUGCGGUGCCUCAUUUGA